CAAUGACGUUUCUAGACAAACAUAACCUUAAAAUUUUUCUGUCAAGUCUUUAUACACGCCCGAAAACAGACAAGAUUUUAGUUGAAAUUUUAUUAUUUUAAAAUAAUGUCGGAAAUCCAAAUAUCUUGGCCCUGGCAGUACAAUUUCCCACCUUUUUUUAGUUUACAACCGCACCGAGAAACAAGAAAUAAGCAAAUCGCCGCUUGGAGAAACUUAAUAUUGGAAUAUUUCAAACUAACGAAACAAAGCACUUUAGACAUUCAUGAAGCGACAAACUUGCCGGUUUUUAAUAACACCCAAAUCAAUAGGAAAUUAGAUUCGAAUACCUUAUUAACUAUAUUGGGUGAAUUACAAAAUACAGGAAACGCAGCACCCAUAGAUAAGCAAAAGAAUAUGUGGGAGAUUUAUUGGCACACUUUGGAUGAAUGGGCGAGUAUUGUUUAUAACUAUAUAUCUGGAAUUGGUGCUACAAAUUCUGUUAUGACUAUUUAUGAGCUUACCCAAGGGGAUGAUAUUCAAACGGAGGAGUUUUGCGGGCUAGAUGUUAAUGUUUUUAUUAAGAUUUUAAAAGUUUUGGAAUCGCAAGGAAAAUGUGAGGUUAUGGUCAUUGAUGAUCAACAAGGUGUAAAAUUUUUUUAGAUACUUUAAUAAAUGUUAUGAGUAAAUUA